GACUGCAGCUACACGUGGGGCGGCUCGACUGCGACCGUCACCGUGACCACGGUCAAGUUGGUUGCGCGGGUGCUCAACGUUAACGCGUUCACUUCUGUUCGGCCGCCUCUGGCGUCAGAGUACGCUGACAACAAGGAUUUCAAGAAGGCCAAGAAAGAUUUCGCGGUUUCCUUGGGCAAACAGCACAGGGUCGGACUCUUGGACCCAGAGGACCCUGACUGCGGCCAUUGUCCUAUCGAGCUGACUCGGCUGCCGUUCCCGGAGGAGCUCGGUAGAUCGCCAGCGUCGCUUCACGAGGGGCCCGAUGGGUCUGGGCCUGGUUCUGGCGGCGGUGAUUUCGGCGGUGAUGGUGCUAACGGCGGUGGCGACGGUGCCGACCCCGGCGCCGAUAUCUGGGCCAAGAUGCCCCAGAAGCUCAUGAAAGCUACGGCCAAGCACUUGCUUGGCUAG